GGAAGUUCUUCAGACCUGACUGCGUGAGGUCACUUCCUGUGCUGGGGACGCCAGGGGUCUUUAUAAACGCUGGGACCUGGCCGUCUGUCGGUCAAUCUUCUGCAGGAGAGCAGACGAGAGAGAGACGACACCUCGAGGCGUUUCAGUGUGUUUGCAGAUGAUGUUGAAGACACAGGGAUCUCAGCAGCGCGUCGCUCUCAUGAUCCUGAUGGUGAUCGCAGCCGUGCAGUGUCAGGAGAUCGAGAGCAGAAGGGCGGUCACAGAGCAUCAGCUGAUGCAUGAUCGCGGUCGCUCCAUCCAGAGUCUGAGGCGGUUGAUCUGGCUGUCCAGUGCGAUCGAGGGGCUCCACACCGCGCAGACGCGCACACUGAGCACCGACGACAGCAGGUGGCGCUCUCAGCCCGGGAGAGACUUCAAGAGAGCGCUGGAGACGCUGCUGAGCGACAUGUACAGACCUCCCCUCACCGCUGCGUUUGGAGACGGAGAGAAAUAACAUCAUCACAAAUACAUCGCAUCUGAUGUCCGAAAACUCACCAAGGACUGCCCGACCCCGUCUAUAAUGAGCCGCAACGCUACCCAACAAAUCUAGAUCCCUGUCAUUAUAAUCAAAGAAAAUGUAUUAUGGACAAAACACGCUAGUUUUGUAAAGAUAGAUUAAUUGAUUAUAACGUAAGCGAUGUAAGUUAGUUUCGGCGCGGCGUUUCUCCAUCUGCGCAGACGCAGAACUGCUCACCUGCCUUCCCGUGAUGUAUAAAUCUACCUGUGAGUCUUUAAAUAUUUAUAUUUAAGACAUAUAAAAUCAGUUUAGUGUGCUAGACACCAUAGUACUUUGAAAUACACUACGUAGUAUCACAUAUCCUAUGGUUUUCACAAAGUACUUUAUGACUAUUUACUUACACACGUGCAAAAACACAUGGUACUGUUUUGGGUGGAAGUAUUCCUGGUGUGGAUUUAUUUAUCGAAUGUCUUAGUGUGUAUUGGACGGGUUUCAAAUAUCUAGUAAAUCAUUCUUGCUAUUAUAUUUAUUUAUGUGGAAGACUAUAAACAGAUCGUAUUUUUGGUUUAUUAUAUGUGUGUGUGAUUAAAGAUGCUUUUAAGUAAACCGCUCUCAUUUCGGAUUAAACAGUU